AUGCUACUCAGUGACACCAAAAGCUUUUCCACUUUCACUGUGUUUAAUACAGGCUCAGCAUGUUCUUCAGCCUGGUUUCUGAUACUGCAUUCAGCGAUGCUUGGCCGACUAUCAACUCGAAUGCUGCCACUUCUGGCUGUUAAUGUUAUCAAGAAAAAGGACAUGGAAUUUGAGGUGCACCCUUACUAUAAUCUCACAGUAAAAAUCCUCAGAGCCAGAAACAUCCAUGGCCUAGAUCUAUUGUCUAAAUCAGAUUGUUAUGUGGCCUUGAAACUUCCAACGGCAUCUCCAUUGAUAAAAAGAACUCCAGUUAUCUAUAACAGCAGUGAUCCUGAAUGGAAUGAAACUUUCCAAUAUCGAAUCCAUAGUGCUGUAAAGAAUAUUCUGGAGUUAUCAUUCUACAACAGAGGCAUUUUGCUGAGCAGUCUGAACAGUUACGAUACUUCCGUUGCUUUUGACCUAAGUAAUAUUGCCGUGGGGCAGAAUCUGACACAUACAUUUGUGCUUAAUUCUGAGGAGAAAAGAGCAGAACUGGAUGUUGAGUUUUCAUUGGAAAAAAGCAAGCAUCCUCCAGCUAAGGUCAUUACUAAUGGAGUUCUUGUGGCACAACCUUGUCUGUGUAUUAAAGGAACUAUCAAUAAAAGUAAGAUGGCUCCAUGGAUAAUAAAGGACAAUUGCCAAAUUAACUUAUCAGUACCAGGGUCCUUUGAAAAUCAGUUAACAAUGUUCUGUGGAAUAAAUUUAGAAGAGAACCAUGAGAAGAUCCCAUUUAUCUUUCAUGUGAACAAAGAAGUGUCUUCUCACCUGAACCUGGAAUUGUUACAAACCACAGCAAUGCUAGAGGAGGGAUGGAGUGAGGAUUUACAAGUGAAGACCUCGGUGGUUGGGAAUGGAAUUAUUCCAAUCUCAGAACUCCCUCUUGGAAAGGAAGUUGAACUGACUGUACCUCUAGGAAAGGAUCAAGCUAUGGAUCUGACCGUGAAAAUUGAAGAAAGGAACCACCCCAUUGAUAUGGAUGUACGUCUUGGCUUUAAACUUUCUAAGGGAGAGCGAGACUUUUUGGCAAGGAGAAAAAACAUCAUUUCUCGUGCUUUAAAGAAGGUACUAAAGCUGAAGGUGGCACCCUGGAAAGAUGAGCUCCCUAUAGUGGCUGUAUUAGCUUCUGGAGGAGGGAUGAGAGCAAUGACCAGUUGCUAUGGCAACUUGUCUGGGCUACAACAGCUGGGCCUCUUAGAUAUCCUCACAUAUUUUUGUGGCAUCUCAGGGUCUACAUGGUGUAUGUCUAUGCUCUACAAAGAUGCUUACUGGUCCCAAAGAAAUCUCCAGAAUGCAAUUGACAAUGCUCAGAAAAUUGUGACAAGUGGAAAAGUUGGGGCAUUUUCUGCUGAACAACUGGCAUAUUAUUUUCAGGAGUUAAUUGCCUUGGAGAAAGCAGGAAGGAAAUCCACUCUCGUGGAUUUAUGGGGCCUUAUUAUAGAGUACAUCCUAAACAACAAGAAGGACCCAAUGAAGCUAUCUGACCAACAGGAAGCAGUCAUAAAGGGACAAAACCCCUAUCCUAUUUAUGCAGCUCAAAAUGUGAGGGUGAAUAUUAAAACCAGCGAAUUUACAGAAUGGGUUGAAUUUACACCAUAUGAAUUUGGUAUUCACAAAUAUGGGGCUUUUAUACGCAUGGAAGACUAUGGAAGUAAAUUUUUCAUGGGAUUAUUGCUUGAGAAACAUGAGGAGCCCAGAAUCUGUUUCCUCCAAGGAAUUUGGGCCAGUGCCUUUGCUGGCAAUAUAGAUGACAUGUGGGAAGAUGCAGAAAUUUCUCAUCUGAAAUUCACAGAAUCUAUGAAAGAGGCCAUCAGAAUUGUAGAUGAACUAUUGGGUUCUCAGUCUCUUGACCCUUCACUGAAACAGUCUCAAGGUAUCAUGCCAGGAGGAGUCUUUACACAUUUAUUUAGCAAUUUAGUUAAAUCACGUAUCACCACUGGGGAAAAUUUUAACUUUCUUCAUGGACUGCAUCUUCAUAGAAACUAUAUGAAUGAUCAAGAAUUUGUAGCAUGGAAAGGGACCCAUCUGGAUGCUAUACCCAAUCAACUGACACCUGAAGAAAGCAGUCUGCACCUAGUGGAUGGGGGAUUUGCUAUCAAUUCCCCCUUUCCAUUGGUGCUUCAGCCAGAGAGAGAUGUGGAUGUGAUCUUGUCAUUCAAUUAUUCUUGGCAAGCUCCCUUUGAGGUCUUGCAUCAAGCUCAGAGAUACUGUGAAGAAAGAGGCAUUCCUUUCCCACACAUUGCUGUGACUGAUAGUGAUAAAGAGCAACCAAAGGAGUGUUACAUGUUUUUGAAUGCUGCAGACCCCAGGGCCCCCAUUAUUCUUCAUUUCCCCUUGGUGAACAAAACAUUUAAAAAAUACAAAGCACCAGGAAUAAAACGUGAGACUGAAGAGGAAAAAUCGUUUGGUGACUUCCAGUUAUAUACAGAAGAUAGUCCUUAUAGUUCCAUGAACCUUACCUACCAACCAAUACAAUUUGAUAGAUUGCUGCAAUUGAAUUGUUAUAAUAUAAUCAACAACAAGGAUGUCAUUUUAAAAGUUCUUACUAUGGCCAUGAACAGAAGGAAGUUCAAGAAAAAGAAAAAAUGA